UUAAUGCUGAAAUUUUAGUUGAACCCCAACAUUUGAAUCGUCUCAAAAUAUUGCACGGAGGAAUGGCUGCAACCUUAGUUGAUAUUGGUGGUUCUUUAGCUAUAGCUGCUAAAGGAAUGAAUUCAACAGGACUUUCUACUGAUAUUAAUAUCACUUAUUUGGAUGCAAGUAGAGCUGAUGAUAUUAUACAAAUGAAUUCAGAAUGUGUAAAAUUCGGGAGAACACUUGCAUUCACUGUAACAGAGUUGAUUAAUAAAAAUAAUGGUAAAUUGAUUGCUCAUGGUAGACAUACUAAAUUUAUUGCAAUCGCUCAUAAAGAUCCACUUAACCAAUUUAAAUUUCCAGAGAAAAAGGAUUAA